UUCCUCUCGCCACAAAGAUGGUUGGUGGUUGCCAGAGCUGCUUCUUAACAUACAUUUCUGUGCUACUUCUUGGCUGCUUCCUCCAUGAUGUGGAGGCCUCCAAUCCUCAACGCGCAAUCCAUAAAAAAGUUGGAGACACUGUAGAGUUGUCAUCAGGCUUCUCGACUGAAGGGGUCACCAUGGCAGACUGGAAAUAUGAUGGGUUAAAAAUUGCAGGCGAAGACAGUGCAUUAAAAAAUACUCAAUUUGAUGGCAGAUUAAAAUUCAACCCAUACAAUUUAAAUUUAACAUUGGAAGGACUGACCCUCAAAGAUUCUGGUAAAUACAGUUUUAUCUCAACAAAGGGAAUAGUCCAACGCCCAACAGUCUUCAUCACCCUGCAUGUUCAUGAGCCCAUAACUAAGGAGCCCAUGGUCAAUUCCAGUUCCACCUGGCACACCUCGAACGCAUCCUGUACAGUUCUGAUGGAGUGCAGUGCAGCCACUACUGGCAAUGUCACCUACCAGUGGACCGUGGGAACCGAAACCUUCAACGGCUCCAGGCUCCAGCACAUCAUCAGACAACAGGACGAAGACACCAAAUUUAACUGCACAAUUUCCAAUGUUGUCAGUGAGAUGUCGACCAUCAAAACAGUGAGUUGCAGCAACACUACGUCCCAACAUCCAGAAAGAGGUAUGUGCAGAGAAGUGAUUGUAGUUUAUUGGUGUAGUUUGAUGAUAUUUUAUGAUUUGAAGCUGGUGAUUAAAAUAACUGUCCAUUUUACAGGGAUAACAACACCAUUUGUAGAAACAGGCUUCUUCUUUGCCCUGAUUGUGGGAGCCGGAGGUUCUCUGCUGGUUGCCGUUAUAGUUGGAGUAGCUGUGUGUGUUUAUCGCCACAAACAAAGUCAAGCACGCAUUGACUCAAAUGACCUCACAGUGUAUGCUGAUAUUAAUGAUGUUGCAAUCGAGGAUAAGCCGUGCUCACUGUAUGAAACCAUUGAUAACAGAGGCAACAAGGUCCCACCGGGGCCCAAUACGGUGUACGACAAGAUCCAGUUAAAUCGCUUGAGGAAUGAAUCGGUGUCGCCCUAUCAAGACAUUUCCUAGAGGGUCAUAGCAUGAUGAUUAUAGAAAAUAUCAGUAAAUACAAAACGGACUACAAGAAGUUAAUGUCAUACUGUCUUUGGCCUUAAAGGGUUUUUUACUUUCCCUUUAUCGCAUUCAAAAACAACCUUUAUUAUAUCUCAACUGCCAAAUCUACAGGAUCACAUUUUAUUCGAUGAACAGUGUUGUAAAAAUGUGUAAAUACAGAGGUUAUAUUUUUUUGUAAUAUCCCAUGUAAAUCGUUUGUGCAUUCAUCCUGCCUCAUUUUUUAAGCCUGCUGUGCAAAUGUCUUCAUAUUAAAUGACUAUAAUACGUUAAGAU